CCGGACGGGAAAGACAGACCCCCAAGCACCCCCUCAGCCAAGUGGGAUCUCCAGGAUGGUCAAAGCCCAGACGCAGGCAGCCCCCACGCCGGCCACUCCGAUGGCAGCUGCAGAAGACCUGCCCCUCCCCGCACCCCCAGGCCUGGAAGAUCUGCCGCCACCGCCCCCCAAGGAGUCCUUCUCCAAGUUCCACCAGCAGAGGCAAGCCAGCGAGCUCCGCCGCCUCUACAGGCACAUCCACCCCGAGCUCCGCAAGAAUCUGGCCGAGGCUGUGGCUGAGGACCUGGCCGAGGUCCUGGACUCUGAGGAGCCCACCGAGGGUGAUGUCCAGUGCAUGCGCUGGAUCUUCGAGAACUGGCGGCUGGAUGCCAUCGGGGACCGCGAGAGGCCGCCUGCCAGGGAGCCCGUGUCGGGCGGGGACGUCCAGGGUACCUCCCGCAAAUUUGAGGAAGGCUCCUUUGCCAACAGCACAGACCGGGAGCCUGCAGGACCCCCGCCAUCCGGAGGGGACGUUCGUGCGGCCCGCCGGCUGUUUGAGACAAAGCCGCUGGAUGAGCUGACCGGCCAGGCCGAGGCGCUGGAGGCCCCGGUGAGGGAGCCCGAAGCCAGCGGGGAUGUCCAGGGUACCAGGAUGCUCUUUGAGACGCGGCCGCUGGACCGCCUGGGCUCCCGCCCCUCCAUCCAGGAGCAGAGCCCCCUGGAGCUGCGCUCAGAGAUCCAGGAGCUGAAGGGCGAUGUGAAAAAGACAGUGAAGCUGUUCCAGACAGAGCCACUGUGUGCCAUCCGGGACGCCGAGGGUGCCAUCCACGAGGUCAAGGCUGCGUGCCGGGAGGAGAUCCAAAGCAACGCGGUGAGGUCUGCCCGCUGGCUCUUCGAAACGCAGCCUCUGGACGCCAUCAACAGGGACCCCAGCCGGGUGCGGGUGAUCCGGGGGAUCUCCCUAGAGGAGGGGGCCCGGCCGGACGUCAGCGCAACCCGCUGGAUCUUUGAGACACAACCCCUGGACGCCAUUCGGGAGAUCUUGGUGGACGAGAAAGACUUCCAGGCGUCCCCAGACCUUAUGCCUCCUGGUCCAGACGUCCAGCAACAGAAGCAUUUGUUUGAGACCCGAGCAUUAGACACUCUCAAGGGGGACGAGGAGUCUGGGGCACAGCUCCCACCCAAAGAGGAAGUAGUCCCUGGCGAUGUCCGCUCUACCCUGUGGCUAUUUGAGAUGAAGCCCCUGGACACUCCUAGAGACAAGGUCCAAGUGGGUCACCUGCAGCGAGUGGGUUCCCGGGAGCAGGAAGGGCUCACGUCUGAGCAUCUGUACAGUGAUGGCUCCUCAGCUCUGUCCCUCUCUCAGAGUGCUCCCCAGAGGGAUGGCGUGAAGGGGGACGUGAAGGCCUUCAAGAACCUUUUUGAGACCCUUCCCCUGGACAGCAUUGGGCAAGGUGAGACUUCGGCCCAUAGGAAUGUGAGCCGAGCCGAAGGAAUGGAUUCUGCUGGGCAGUCCCAGGACGUGGGGUCCCCGGUGUAUGCCAUGCAGGAUGGCAAAGGCCACCUCCAUGCCCUGACCUCUGUCAGCAGAGAGCAGAUAGUUGGAGGCGACGUGCAGGGCUACAGGUGGAUGUUUGAGACACGGCCCCUGGACCAGCUAGGCGGAAGCCCCAGGACCGUGGACGUGGUGCGGGGUAUCACCCGGCAGGAAGUGGUGGCCGGAGAUGUAGGCACGGCCCGGUGGCUCUUUGAGACCCAGCCCCUGGAGGUCAUCCACCAGCGGGAACGGGAAGAACGCCAGGAAGAAGAAGGAAAGAGUCAGGCAGGUCCCCGGCCUGAGGCACUCCCAAAAGGUGAUGUGCGGACCAUCCGGUGGUUGUUUGAGACCUGCCCGAUGAGUGAGUUGGCAGAGAAGCAGGGGUCAGAGGUCACAGACCCCACAACGGAGGCCGAGGCUCGGUCCUGCACCUGGAUGUUUGCACCCCAACCCCUGGACAGGCCAGAAGGCUCCAGGGAGCGGCACCUGCAGGUCAGCCAGAUGCAGGCUGGGGCCGGACAGACAGACGGGCAUGUCUUUGAAACGGAGCCUCUGCAGGCCUCGGGCCGUCCCUGUGGAAGAGGGCCUGUGCGCUACUGCAGCCGCGUGGAGAUCCCUUCGGGGCAAGUGUCUCGGCAGAAGGAGGUCUUCCAGGCCCUGGAGGCAGGCAAGGGGGAAGACCAGGGGCCCAGAGUACUCCCCGAGCCCAUCCCUGCGGGCUCUGUGCACAAGUUCACCUGGCUCUUUGAGAACUGUCCCAUGGGCUCCCUGGCGGCCGAGAGCGUCCGAGGGGGCAACCUCCAGGAGGAGCAGCCCACGGGCCCCUCGGGCAACAAGGCGCUGGAGAGGCAGGAGACUGCGGCCGAGGGCACCCUGAGGGCUCUGCACACUGUGCCUGGCAUCCUGCACCAUGGAGGCAUCCUCAUGGAGGCCCGGGGGCCAGGGGAGCUCUGCCUGGCCAGGUACGUGCUCCCAGGCCCAGGGCAGGGGGCACCCCACGUCCGGAAGGAGGAGCUGGUGUCUGGCGAGCUUCCCAGGAUUGUGCGCCAGGUGCUGCGCCGGCCAGAUGUGGACCAGCGGGGGCUGCUCGUUCAGGAGGACCCGGCGGGCCAGCUCCAUCUGAGGCCACUGAGGCUGCCAGCUCCGGGCGGCAGCGGGGAUGUCGAAGACGCGGAUCCCGAGUUCCAGCAGCUGCUGGCUUGUGGCCUGGGGGCCUCAGUCGCGAGGACCGGGCUGGUGAUGCAGGAGACGGAGCAGGGGCUGGUCUCGCUGACCGCCUACUCCCUGCAGCCCCGGCUGACCGGCAGGGCCCCUGAGAGGGGCAGCGUGCAGCUGCUGGCCAGCUGCAUCGACAAAGGAGACCUAAGCGGCCUGCACAGUCUGCGGUGGGAACCACCAGCUGAUCCAGGUUCCGUGCCCACCAGCGAGGGGGCCCAGAAGCCGCCCCCAGCUGAGAACAUCAUCCACGUGCCCCCUCUGGACCCCAGCAUGGCGAUGGGGCAUCUGAGGGGCCCGGGGAAGGCGGUCCCUCUGGCUGGGGAAGGGAAGCGGGAAGAUAGCCGCACCGGACACAAAGGGAUGGCAGCUGCGGGCGAGUCGGAAGGAACCACAGCUAGGCCCCCGGGGCCUGGCACCCCAGACCUCCGGGCCGCCAUGCAGAAUCUGCCGGUGGCCACCGCCGAGGCCCAAAGCCUGCACCGGCACGUUCUGAGCAAGCACAAGCAAGCCUCCACCCCUGGAGCCACCUCCGCACCCUGUCAGGAUGGUCAGCGGCAGGCAUCGGCUGCGGCCACCGUGGCUGCCCAGGGCAACGCUGGGCCUAAGGCUGGAGGUGACCCCAGGAUCCCAGCAGCCCCCAGAAAGCUGCUGUGACAGGACCCGACUUUGCAGCCCAAGCCCGCCGCGAUGAGGACUCUAUCCAGCAGGAC